CUCAGCAGUUGGGGCACGACCCCGCAAAUCAUGACUUUUCUGCUGCGCUGUCUAUGUCUGAGCGCAAGCUUGCGGCCUUUUGACUAAAAGCCGUCCUGCAUCCUGCCCUGCCGUUGCUGCAAACACCUCGCCUGAUAGCAAACCUCAGGCUCCACCGCGCUCCCUCCCUUCGACAUUCGCAACCAUGGAGCUCAACGACGCUUCAGGAAACUCGGUGACCAGCAAUGCGCCGGGACAGAUUCCGAACGACGGGACUGGCAUCAUCCAGCUCGACGGCUACCUAGAGCCCUUCAAGGGCGCGCUGCAGAGCCGCUUUUCAAAGGCGCAGAACUGGAUCAAGAGAAUUGACGAGACGGAAGGUGGACUGGAGAAGUUCUCGAGAGGCUAUGAGAAGUUUGGCUUCCAUGUCCAGGAGAACGGCGACGUCGUGUACCGCGAAUGGGCUUCUAACGCCCUGCGAGCAUACCUCAUCGGCGACUUCAAUGGCUGGAACCGCGACGCGACGCCAAUGACCAAGAACGAGUUUGGCGUCUUCGAAGUGACAGUGCCUGGAAAGGACGGCAAGCCAACCAUUCCCCACGACUCCAAGAUCAAGAUCUCCUUCGUUGUGCCCAACGACCAUGCUCGCCAGGAGCGCCUACCAGCGUGGAUCGGUCGAGUCACGCAAGACCUCAACGUCUCCCCCGUCUACGAUGCGCGCUUCUGGAACCCCCCGCACAAGUACGUCUUCAAGAACAAGCGACCUCCCAAGCCGAAGAGCGCGCGAAUCUACGAAGCGCAUGUUGGCAUUGCCUCUCCCGAUCCCAAGGUUGCGACCUACAAGGAGUUCACGCAGAACAUACUGCCGCGAAUCAAGCAUCUGGGAUACAAUGUCAUCCAGCUGAUGGCUAUCAUGGAGCAUGCCUACUACGCAAGCUUCGGGUACCAGAUCAACAGCUUCUUCGCGGCGAGCAGUCGGUAUGGCUUCCCUGACGAGCUUAAGGAGCUCAUCGACACUGCGCACGGCAUGGGCAUCACUGUUCUGCUGGACGUUGUACACAGCCAUGCGUCGAAGAACGUCCUCGAUGGCCUGAACCACUUCGAUGGCAGCGACGGCCUCUACUUCCACGAAGGUACAAGGGGGCGACACGAACUGUGGGACAGCAGGCUCUUCAACUACGGCAGCCACGAGGUGAUGCGUUUCCUCCUUAGCAAUCUAAGGUUCUGGAUGGAAGAGUACCAGUUUGACGGUUUCCGCUUCGACGGCGUCACCAGCAUGCUCUACACCCAUCACGGUAUUGGAACGGGCUUCUCUGGCGGCUACCACGAGUACUUCGGCCCUGGUGUCGAUGAGGAGGCUGUAGUGUAUCUCAUGCUCGCCAAUGAGUUGCUACACCAACUCUACCCCGACGUCAUUACCAUCGCCGAAGACGUGUCUGGCAUGCCUGGUCUCUGUGUGUCGUUGUCACUGGGCGGCGUUGGCUUCGACUACAGGCUGGCGAUGGCGGUUCCCGACCUUUACAUCAAAUGGUUGAAGGAGAAGCAGGACAUUGAUUGGGAUAUGGGCAGCCUUGCCUUCACCCUGACCAACCGAAGAUAUGGCGAGAAGACGAUCGCAUAUGCUGAGAGCCACGAUCAAGCGCUUGUCGGCGAUAAAACGUUGCUAUUCUGGCUGUGUGACGCUGAAAUGUACACCAACAUGUCGCGCGAAUCAGAACUGACACCCGUCAUCAACAGAGGCCUUUCUCUCCACAAGUUGAUCCGACUGAUCACCCACGGCUUGGGAGGCGAGGGCUACCUGAACUUCAUUGGCAACGAGUUUGGCCAUCCAGAAUGGCUAGACUUUCCGCGAGAAGGCAACGGCAACAGCUUCCACUACGCACGGCGACAAUUCAACCUUGUUGACAAUGACCUACUUCGAUACAAAUUUCUCAACGAGUUUGACAGCAAGAUGCAGUGGACGGAAGAGAAAUACGGCUGGCUGCACGCACCGCAAGCCUACGUUAGUCUGAAGCAUGAAGUCGACAAGGUUAUCGUGUUUGAGCGCGCCGGGCUCCUCUGGAUUUUCAACUUCCAUCCUCAAAGCAGCUUCACCGACUACCGCGUCGGCGUGGAGCAGGAAGGCACGUACAAGAUUGUGCUCAGCACUGAUAGCAAGUCUUUCGGCGGGCAUGGCAACGUGGAUGAGAGCACGAGGUUCUUCACUACGCCAUUUGCGUGGAACGAGAGGAGGAACUUUGUGCAGGUGUACAUUCCGUCGAGGACUGCGAUUGUCUUGGCUUUGGAAAAUACCUUGUAGAUAAACAUGAAUAACGAGUUUGGACGAGGUGAUGUGCAGGCAGGUGUCGCACGAUUCUGGAAGAACUGCAUGCUUCGCCGGGUAGACUGAGAAUAAUAGUGGCAAUGUAUGAUGAAAAACGAAUGAAAACAUGAUGUUGUGUAGAUGUAUAUGUUACAACUGUUUUGGUAGAGUACUUGGG